AUGGGACUCAGCGGCAAGACUCUCCAGACGGCGCAGCUUUUGCUCGUCGUUCUGCCAGCCUUUGUGCUGUUCGGAUACAACCAGUCUGGUGUUGGUGGUCUCCUGUCACUUCGUGAUUGGAACGACCACUUCCCGGAGAUCAACACUAUCGAUACCACCGGCGCGGAGAAGAGCAGCAAUUCGACCAAGCAAGGUGCUGUUGUUGCUACUUUCACCAUUGGUGCUCUCUUCGGCGCUCUGUCUUGCUCAUGGAUUGGCGACUUCCUCGGUCGACGAAAGCUCAUCUUCGGUGCCGCUUUGCUGACUCUGGUUGGUGAGAUCCUACAGUGCACCAGCUUCCAGCUCGCGCAAUUCGUCGUCGGUCGCUUCAUCCUAGGAUGGGGAGUUGGAGCUCUCAGUGCUACCGUUCCCGUUUGGCAGUCCGAGUGCUCGUCGUCUGCCAACCGUGGUAAGCACGUUGUCCUUGACGGCUGCUUCAUCUCUCUCGGCUACCUGCUCGAAGCAUGGAUCAACCUCGGUUUCUUCGAACAAGACAACUUGCCUCUCCAAUGGCGCAUUCCUCUCGCCAUUCCCACCGUCAUCUCCGUUAUCCCUAUGCUCGCCGUAUUCAGCAUCCCUGAAUCACCCCGCUGGCUAGUAGCCAAGGGCCGUGUAGAGGAAGCUCGCGUCAGUCUGUCGAGCUUCAAGGGCUUGGAGUUGCACGACCCCGAGAUCACCACUGAGAUUAGCGGUAUCGAACUCGCGCUUGAGGAGACUGGUCGCAGUGCAGCGAAGAUAAGCGACAUCUUCACCAUGGGCAAAGACAAGCUCUUCUACCGUUUUUCGCUCUGUAUCUUCCUCCAGUUUCUGCAGCAGAUGUGCGGUAGCAACCUCAUCUCGACCUAUUCGACUAUCAUCUUCCAACAAGGUCUCGGUCUUGACUCGGAAACCUCCCGCAUUCUGUCCGGUGGCGCCCUCACCUGGAAGUUCCUCUCCUGCUUCGUCGCCUUCUUCACAAUCGAUCGUUUCGGUCGACGCAAGCUCUUCAUGUUCAGCGGAGCGGGUAUGGCGUCUUGCAUGCUGGCUCUAGCCGUCGCAUCCAGCUUUCCCAAAUCGAACAAGUCUGCACAGAUCGCCAGUGCUCUCUUCGUGUUCCUGUUCAACUUCUUCAUCCCGAUUGGUUUCCUCGGAGCGAACUUCUUGUACUGCACUGAAGUCGCGCCCACAAGGCUUCGUGUGCCGAUGGCGGGUAUUUCCACUGCUAACCAUUGGCUCUGGAACUUCGUCGUCAACAUGGUAACACCUGUCGCCAUCGAAACCAUCGGCUGGCAAUACUACCUUGUCUUCCUUAUCAUCUCGGCUAUCAUCCUGCCCAUUGUUUGGUUCGGUUACCCCGAGACUAUGGGUCGCAGUCUGGAGGAGCUAGAGAUGAUGUUCACAGAAGGCAAGAACGUUCGCGACAUCGUCAAGAUGUCAAGGAAGCCUUUUACUAGUGGACUCAUGACCGACCAUGUACUCGAGAAGGUCGCUAAGGAUGAGGAGGAAUAUGCGCGCUGA